AUUCCAUUUCUUCUCGUAGUUCAAUGACAGGAAUUAUGGGUAAUGUCUCUUACUUUUCUGGUAGAGUGCGCGUUGUGUGAAAUAGAUUAAUAAACUUACAGUCCUUUCAUUUUUACUGAAGAAGACGGUAUAUUCACUUGGCGUUUUAACACAUCUCUGUAAAGUCUAAUUUUAUUUUUAACCUUAGAAUACGUCGAAGCAUUAAAAUACGACAUACUGUUACUGCAAAUAGUUGACGAUCCAUGUGCAAAAUUACAAUCGUGAUAAGAAAAAAUCAGUGUGCGAAGUGUAUUUUCAGUAUUCCUAAUUCUUUUGCACAAUAAAACACCAGUUUACCCCAUUUUAUACAUUUGUACGUAAGUAUAAACAACUGCACUAUGCAGCGAGAAAAUGAUAACACACAUCAAGUUCAGCCUGUUUAUCAGCAGGGACAAAGAAUUUUUCGAAAUGCUGAAAAUUUUGUAAAUAACCAAGGCAUUCAACAGACAUCAGGAAGCAAAAGCCAUAUCUCUGCACAGUACGCAUCGAUUUUACAAGCACAAGAAAGUGGAAGUGACCAAUUUCACAAUGAAAAUGGACUGCUGGAGAAUCUGAGGUCCAACAUUUGGACAUGCAGUGUGAAAACCGCUGCAGAGUUGAAGAAUUUGACUGUGUCAACUGAAGAACAGAAGAAACAAAUCCAAAAAUUUCUCGAAGUUCAGGAAUCAAGAGAGAAGAAUGUUUCCGAAGCCAAGCAUAGGAAUGAAGCGAUGGGCCUGGAGUUACAGAUUUCACAAAGGAAUUUACAGGAAUUGGAGGCUCAAGGGGCUCUGAUACAAGAUGUAUGUGCUGAUCUGCAGCAACAUUGCAUCUCUACAGCUGUCACACUUGAGAAAUGUGUGCAAGCUAAAGAAUGCAUUGUGCAGUAUUAUGAUCACAUUAGGCAGCAGCUGAAGGCUGAUGAUGAGCUCUAUAAGAUGCAGAAAGAUGAAUCAAGGAACAAGGAGGAGCUCUGGAGACAUCAUGCACUGGAAAAAAUUGAAAUGAGAAGGAAGGACAAGGUAUUAGCAGAGAAAGUGAGAAUGGAAAUGGAUCAGAAGAUUGACGAAGUAGUGGCCAAAUUGAUUGCGUUACAACAGCAAAAUGUGGUACUGAGUGAUAGGAUUAGACAGAAAACUGCCAAGAAGGAGAAUUUAGUGUCUAAAAUUGAACAGGAGCUACAGGAUGUUAAUGAGAAGGUGAGUAGAAUUCAGCAGAUGAAUGUAGAGCUAACAGCAGUUACAGAGGGACAGAGGAGUUACAUCACAAAGUUGGAGACUUCACUGCAGGAUGUGACCAAUGACAAGGAUUUGGGAAAGAAUAGUGUGUUGCAUCUACAACAAGUAAUUGGAAAGGCAGAAGAAAGAAAACAGAUUGUUUCCGAAGAGUUGGGACAGGCAAAGGCCAGAGCAUUGGCUCUGGAAGUGGAGAACCAUGAACUCAACUGUAUACUGGAGAGGAAAGGGAAUCUCAAAGCAGAGCUCAUAAGCCAGCUUGAGCAAUAUGAGCUUGAACUGAAGGACAUGAAAGGAAUCCUUUGUGAACUUCAAGAAUCCUGUGAAAAUAAAAAAGAGGAAAUAAACAGUCUGCAGGAACAACUACAGGCAAAACAGUUGGAGCAGGACUCCCUUACCUCUGAGUACAAGUCAAAGAUAAUGGAUAUGGAAGAAGGGAUUGAAUCAGAGAAGAAGAAAUCAUGUGAUAUGGAUUCAGAGCUACAGAGAGAAGAGCAGACAGCUAGUGAGCUGCUAUGUAGCUUGGAGGAGAUCAGAGUUUCCAACAGCAGCAUGGAGCAGGAGUGUGAAGUGUUGACGGAAGAUAUUGCCAGUACCAGAAGCAGAACUGAGGAACUGCAGGUGCUAGCAAAAGAAGAGACUGAGCAGAAAGAGAUGGUAGUAAAGGAACUGAAGGCUGUGGAGAUAUCUCUUCAGGAACUGAGGAGCUCCCUGGCUGAUCACAACAAAAUGCAUGAGGAAUUUAUCCAGCAUGUCACCAAGGACAAAACUGAGACAGACGAAGAGCUAAAGAAUGCUCUGAAUCGACUCCACAAUAGUAAUGCCAACUAUGAUUGUAUGGUACAGGAAACUAUGAUACUGGUGAACGAGAGCAGACAGAGCUAUGUGCAGCACAUUGAGAUGAAGGAAACUGCUCUGACAGCCUGUAAGAAUGAGUUUCUCAGUCUCACCAAGCAGGUGGAAAGAGCUUCUGCAGAAAAGGAUAGAAUUGCAGCUAAGGUGAAAGGUGAGUUGAAGACCCUAGAGGACACACUGAACCAGCUUGAGGGGAAGUUGUCCAAAAAGAAAGCAGACAACCAACCACAGGCAGCCAGCACACCUGUUAGUUUGAUACUUCCGCAGUCAGAGCAAAUCUCUUCAUUAGGUAAUCAGCAGUUAAUGCGAGGCAUAUUGAAGUCACCAGUAGCUGAAUCAGUUGACAAAAACAAACAAGUUCAGUUUUUUGGAUUGAGCAGUGACAGUGACUCUAGUCUGUUGGAUGUACCCAUAUUUUCCAAACCACAUGUGACAUCAAUGAAUAUGCAGAAAAGACCUGCAUCAAAUGAUGAUUGCACAUUAUAUGCACAGAAGAAACAGCUAUCACAACCUCCUGACAAACCGCACCACUUCAAGGAAGUUCCACGCAACAAGUUUUUUAAAUCCAGAUCUCAACCCACAAUCAAAACAAAACUCCAGGCGGAAUAAGACAAAUGUAAUUCAUAAGCAAGCAGAGAAGACUAAUAGUGGUGACAAGGGGAUGGGAGUGAAUAAUAGCAAGCAUUUCUUGAAUUUAAUCUGCUUUUAACUUUGUCAUAAAUGUAAAUUUUAUUUGUUACUGUUGAGCCCAAAUAUUUCAACUUUGCCACAUUUUUAAGGAUUUAUGGUUAGGAAUGCCAGAUACAAAUUGAAAAGCACAGAUACUUAAAAUCUAUAGUAAGAAAACUGUGAUUGGUAAAGGAUUUCUUUUUAUUUGUUUUUGUUCCAGAAAUUUUAAGUCAGGCCUCUUAUAUUUGGCAUUGUUGAACUGCGAUGAAACAACAAAUCGCUUGAAUCCCAGGUGAACAUUUUACUUUAUAUUAGAGCAUUCUCUCAGCCCAGCAAUGAGAAAGCUGCUGUCCUGAUACAAAAUAUGAAGUUUGGCUAAACAGCUCUGGGAUUUAAAGAGGGAAUGUGAACUUGCAGAUUAGAUUUAUUUCCUUCCAGGCUGACUACUCCUAUUUUAAUAUAGUGAGUCUUGCAGUUCUUUAAUUUGUUGAAGCAUCUCUCAUUUAUCUUCAGCAGUAAUGGUAUUCAGUUCAGAAAUACACUGUGAAUUUACUAUUUCCUGAUAGUAAUGUCCAUGUUUCUGAAAUGUUCGUUUAGUCACCUCUAGUUGAAGACGUAGGCUCAAGAACUGGACAUUUCUAAACCACUGUGGGUGCUGUAAUGUCUUGCUAACCAUAAAUAUUUUCUUUUUGUGGUACAAGACAUGGAUAUAUUUUGUACAACAUGGUGUAAAUGUCAAGUUUUGGAAUAAGACCAGAUUUAAACUUAAUUCAUGAUUGGUUAUUUAUUACCUUCUAAUAUGAGUUGCUUUCUUGAUCUAAUUGUUCUUUAAUAAAGUGUAUAUAAUAUGAAUACCAAUUCAUAGCUAUUACACACCAGUGUAUAAUUACUUUUCUUUGUGUAGUUUAACACUGAAAGUUUAUUUGAGAAUGAUGUGUUCUUUGAAGUUUAUCUAUUUAUAGCGAAAGCUUUUUCAGUGUAUAAAUUACAGAUUGUUGUUUAUAUGAGUUCACUGGUGUCACAAUAUGGGAAAAAUGUUAUAAAAACUUGUAGAUUAUCAUAUAAUUAAAAUAUUUUGUCAUUUCAGUUUGUUGAUGUUUCUAAUUAAACAAUUUUGUUUAUUGUUCUA